UUCCCAUUCUCUGCAGAAACUAAACUCUCUACUUCUCUCUCAAUUAUAGACUAACAAAGAUGGCCAAAACUGGCAAACUAAGGAAGCUAAAGUCAGCAAUUAAGAGAUGGCCGUCUCUCAGUAAGCUUGGUUGCGCGAGCAGUUCGAUAGCGGCAGCAUCAUCAGAGACAGAAGACAACCCGAUUGCCGCGGCGGCGGAGCAGCAGGAAGAGCUUCAGGCGGUUUAUGUUGGGAAGUCUAGGAGGAGGUAUUUGUUGAGCUGGGAUACCAUUUGUCAUCCUUUAUUCCAAGAGCUUAUAGAGAGGUCAGGUGGGUUUAACAAUGGUGAUGAUGAUGAUAGUAACGAAGUUGUGGUUGCUUGUGAGGUUGUUUUAUUCGAGCACUUGUUGUGGAUGCUUGAUAAUGGCGGUUCUGAUCAAUUGGACGAGCUUGUUGAUUUCUACACUUGUUGAAGAUUGAAUCUUUGUAAUAGAAAUCACGUGUUGAUUGAUCGAUUGAAAGGCUGGUCAAUAUAAUACUAAUUUCUAGCUUAGAACAUGUAAUUGCUUGGUUCUCAAUAUCAUAGAUUUAUCGACAACCACAAGUUUUGAAUUCCAAA